UGUCAGUGUCUUCUGGACGAUUGUUUACUACGGAUUGUGUUGAAUCUUUAAAUAAUUAGUUCAACAUAUUUACUGUAAUAAUAUGUUGCUGUUGUUAGGUUUUGUCCUGUCCUGUUUCAUUUCAGCACAGUCCGAUACUGUAUAUGUCACACCAUGCAAGCAAACCGACAAAGCUUGCAUGAUUUCCAGUGCAGAGGAGGUAAUUAAACGUAUGGUGCCAGGAAUACCAGAGUUUGACAUGCCCUCAAUUGAUCCGCUAUACGUCGAAAGCGUUCGGAAUGACGGAGUAAAUCUGAAAUUGGGAUUCAGGAAUAUGAACAUUUACGGUGUCGGUAAAUGCAAAGUCAAGGAUUUAGUGCGUAAUUUUGGAAACAACACUAUACGGAUUGAUGUUGAAUGUCCGCUGAAGGCUGUUGGGCAAUACGAUCUGAAAGGGAAAAUGCUGUUCCUCGAAGCUUUCGGAGAUGGAGACUUUGAAAUAAAAACCAAAAAGGUGAUCAUAAGUGUCACGUUGAAAACGAAGAUAACAAAGGGAGCCGAUGGUAAAGAACAUUGGAAGGCGACAGGUUUUGACUACUCCUAUGACUUGGUUGAAAAAGUUGACAUCGAUAUAAAGAAUCUUUUUAAUGGAGAUGAGACCAGAGCUAAGCCAAUUAGGGAGGUAUUUAAUCACAGCUGGAAGGAAUUAGUUUCUGAAGUUGGAGGUCCAAUCAUCAAAGAAUUAAUGAACAAAGCUGUCGCGAUCUGCAACAAGUUUUUCGCUCACCAAUCAACUGACAAGUUGGAAAUCCCUUAAGUACAUAACAAUAAGGGUUUAUUAUAUAAAUAAAGGUUUUGUAAAGUU